AUAGAAACAGAUAAGGACUCUGUUUUCGUAAGUUCUUUCUUUACCUUCAUCUUCUUCCCACGUUUGUGGUCUUUCCAUGACUCGUAUCCACUGAACUAAACCCUCUUCUCCAAACCAAUUUUCCCUCCUCUUCCAUGGCUUCUCAAGUUUUUCUUCAGGCUCUGUUUGCUCCUACGCAAUCUCUUCCGAACAAGCUAUGUUUCUCUUCUCCUUCCUCCGCUUCCACAUUCGGUUCUCGUAACUUGCCGUUGAUUUCAACAACCUCAAUUUCACGGCGUUGCAGUCCUCUCAUUGCUAAGCCUACUUUUGUUGUUAGAGUUGAUUCCAAUCCCGAUGCUGCUUCGGCUUCGGAUGUAGAAGAUGAAGUUCCGGAAACUGAUGCUGAAGAGGUUUCGGAAUCUAAUCCAGAGGUUGAAGAAUUGAAGCCACCAAGACAAACUCGGGUCAAACUUGGUGAUGUUAUGGGGAUAUUGCAUAAGAGGGCAAUUGAGGCUUCGGAUGAAGUGAGGGUCACUCCUGACCUUAGGACUGGAGAUAUUAUUGAAAUCAGAUUGGAAGUUCCUGAGAACAAGCGUAGAUUAUCUGUUUACAAAGGUAUUGUAAUCGCCAGACAAAAUGCUGGUAUUCACACCACUAUUCGAGUCCGAAGAAUUAUUGCUGGCACUGGUGUUGAGAUAACCUUCCCAAUUUACUCACCAAACAUCAAAGAAAUCAAAGUGGUGAAGCACCGAAAGGUCAGGCAGGCAAGAUUGUAUUAUCUAAAACACAAGCUCCCCAGAUUCUCCACUUUCAAAUGAUAAGGUCACACACCAUUCAUCAUGUUCUUAGUCAAAGUAAUCUGCUGAUCCUGGACAUGUUAUAGGUGGGCCACAAUUUGAGUAUUUUGAUUUGUUGUAUUGUAGAUUGUAUAUUUUUCCUUCCCUUUAAUCUAUCCUCUGAGGAAUGGAAACAAGUGUAUGUUGUUUUUGAUAAUAUUGAGAAAUUUGAAGUGUUUA